GACACACUUGGCUUUUUACGCACGCCUCCGACGCACGGACCAUGGACUACUGCUGAGCUCCGAGGAAGGACACCGUGCGUAAAAUCAAGCUGCGAGUCAUAUACUACAUCUUUACGCGUUUUCUUUUUGUUUCAUUAAAAGUAAGAGACGUUAACUGAGUCGCGAAGCAGAUUUUGGCACCAUGAAGUUGCUUCUUUUUUCGGUUUUAAUGGCUUUUGUCGCCGUCGUUCAAGUUUUCUGCGAGGAGCCAAAAGAGGAGGCUGACUACUGGACGAGCAGUAAUCACAUCCAGGACGACUGGUUUCCCAACAACCAAUUCAGAGAAAUCCUCCAGAGGAUGACGAGAAAGCCGCGACCGCAUCAGUUCAUCGGUCUGAUGGGGAAACGCUCCAUGGCUGGAAACACACAGAUCACCCACAAGAGACAUAAAGUCAACUCUUUUGUUGGCCUGAUGGGGAAAAGGAGCCAAGAGGAGCCAGAGUCGUAUGAGUGGAGCACAAUACAGACGUACAGACGCCGUUAAACACUUAUCUCUCCUCCGCCUGCUUCUUUUUUUGCCGCUCCUCAUCUGCAGGAGAAAUCAUGGACCAUCAAGACUAGUUUUGUUUUCCUCCAAACUGUGUGUAGCUGUUAGUUGAAUAAAAUGAUUCUGUUUCCACACCGUAGUGAAGUAGCCGUGCUGUACCUGUACCAGUUUCUUUCAUCAGAUCAGGAGGUUCAGUUUUUAUCUUAAAUGUUUUCAAUCAUCUGCUUCAGAAAGUGUUAUCGUGGACCAUCAGAGCACAGCGAUCCCCCCAGGGUAUGCUGAAGAUUGCACUGCCAAAGUCACUGUAUAGUGCCUCAUUUCUGUUUUAUUGCUACUGAUUGUUCUUAAAUACCACACACUGGGACAGGUCUUCAUUUUGAGACGUCAUCAUGCUCUCCACCUGGACUCAUGUUGUGAUAAGAAAAGAUAACUGUGUUAAAAGUGGUUUCACAAAUAUUAAAAUU